AACCAAUCAUUUUGCGUCAACGACAAGUUUGCAACACGAUGACAGACUCUGGAGACAGCGACGUCUUCUCUAUGGAUUGCUUGAGCGAGGACGACACUGUAUCGCUUCAACUGGGCCAAGAUGAGCCUGUAGAGAUGUUUGAAGCUGCUGAAGAGAGACAAAUAGCGGCAUCCGACGACGACGAGGCCGAAAGCGUCGAGGAAGUAGACGAGGUAGAGCUCCGCUCGCGAUUCAACGCCACUGCUGACAAAGCUCUGUUGGUCGAGGUGCUAGCGACCCCUCCAUUUACAGUUGAGCGUAAGAUGGUGACAGCCAUGUGGAAAGGGGUUUCAAAGCGGCUUAACCAGAGUUUGUCAACCAACUUCAACUUUCGAUCUUGCCGCGAUCGUACAGGGCUUCUCCUCCGCCAAUAUGCUGUACGCAAAGGGUGUAACGAGGCAGCCAGUGGUACAAGUGAGGUGUACACAGACAACGAUGAUGUUCUACAGCAACUUAAAACUGAAGCCGCAAUUCAGAAACAAGUCAGUAAGAAAAAUGCUGCCAUGAAGACUCAAGAGAUUGAGACUGCGGGUCAACGGUUGAUGCAGGCAGCUGAAAAACGAGUCUCCGCAAGACUAAUUGGUGGGGGUCAAAAGAAACCUCAGAAACGCCGUCGACUUUCGACGUUGCUGCAAAAUGAGCAGGAAGAAGCUGUAGAACGUCGGAAACUUGAAGAGCAAAAGGUUAAUCUGCAUCGGGAAGAGCUCCAGCUGCGCCGCGAGGAAUUUGAUCACCAGCGUCGCCAACAUGAGUUUAUCCGUGAGAAGAUGCAGCAUCAAGCUGCACAACCAAAAUCUCUGCUAAAGCUGGUAUCUGCUGCAAUUAACCAGACGAAACCUAAGCCGUAUGUGUAUUGAAACUGUUAAAGUGAAAAAUACUCGUGCAGUGAAGGAGGUUCCACUCCAAAAAAUCUACUGUUGUUGUUUCCCCCUCGG